AUGCGGAGCUUUGCAGGACUCACUGCCCUUGUGGCCGGCCUUGCCUUUUCGUCUGCAACAGCGCAGGAAAUUACCAGCGAUGUCUACUUCUACGGGGAUUCACCUCCGGUCUAUCCAACGCCUCAAGGAGAUGGAGCUGGCGAUUGGGCUGCUGCUUAUAAAAAGGCAGAGAAGCUCGUUGGUCAACUGACAGACGAGGAGAAGGUUAGCCUCACCGCGGGUGUUCAAAGCAAGACCGGCUGCUCUGGAUUUGUUCCAGCCAUUCCCCGUGUGAAUUUCCCCGGACUGUGUGUCAGUGAUGCUGGAAAUGGCCUGCGUGGUACCGAUUUCGUGAGCAGCUACCCCAGUGGUAUCCAUGCUGGUGCAAGUUGGAAUCGUGAUCUUACCUAUACUCGUGGCUUGGAAAUGGGCAAGGAGUUUUACAAGAAAGGAGUCAAUGUAUUGCUCGGCCCUGUCGUUGGCCCAGCUGGCCGCGUUGUCCAAGGCGGACGUAACUGGGAAGGCAUCUCAACGGAUCCAUAUUUGAGUGGCGCAUUGGUCUAUGAGACUGUGCAAGGAACCCAAGAUGCCGGAGUUGGUGUUUGCACCAAGCAUUAUAUCGCGAACGAGCAAGAGACCAACCGCAAUCCCUCGGGAAAUGUCGCCUCUGUUUCCUCCAACAUUGACGACCAAACUAUACACGAGCUAUAUCUCUGGCCGUUCGCAGAGGCUGUCCGGGCAGGAAGCGUCUCGAUUAUGUGCUCCUACAACCGGCUUAACAACUCAUACGCCUGCCAAAACAGCAAGGCACUCAAUGGGUUGUUGAAAUCCGAGCUUGGCUUCCAAGGAUAUGUCAUGACAGACUGGGGCGCCCAGCAUGCUGGCAUUGCUGCCGCAAAUGCUGGGCUGGAUAUGGUCAUGCCCAAUACGCAGACUUGGGGAUCGAACCUCACUACUGCCAUUUCUAACGGUACCAUGGAGGCAUCAAGGUUGGAUGACAUGGCGACGAGAAUCAUUGCCUCGUGGUACCAGGUGAAGCAAGAUUCGAAAUUCCCAGCACCGGGAGUUGGUAUGCCUGCUUCGUUGACCGAUCCACAUGAACCUGUGAUCGGGAGAGCCAAGAGCUCGCGAGAUGUUCUUCUCCAAGGCGCCAUUGAAGGGCACGUGUUGGUGAAAAACAACAACGGCUUGCCUCUACGCUCUCCCCAGCUUCUAUCUGUUUUUGGAUAUGACGCCAAAGCUGCGGCCGCCAGCUCGGGUUCCUUGUUUGGAAGCGGCAAUGCAGCUAUUCAGAACUCCACUUUGUUCGUUGGAGGAGGAUCUGGUAGCAACUCCCCUUCUUAUAUGAUAUCUCCCCUGGCUGCCCUUCAGCAAGAGGCGUACAAGGACGGUACAUCGAUUGCUUACGAUGUCACCUCUCAAAACCCCCAAGUCAACCCCGCUUCCGACGCUUGUUUGGUCUUUAUCAAUGCCUUUGCCACUGAGGGUAGCGAUCGACCAGGACUCUCCGAUACGCCAAGUGAUACCCUGGUAACGAAUGUGGCUAGCAAAUGCAAGAACACCGUUGUUGUCAUCCACAACGCCGGAGUCCGACUUGUCAAUGCCUGGAUCGACAAUGCAAAUGUGACUGCAGUGAUUUACGGCCACCUCCCAGGUCAAGACUCCGGAGCAGCAAUUGUAGAACUACUCUACGGCCGCUCCAAUCCCUCAGGAAGACUCCCCUACACGGUAGCCAAGAAAGCAGAGGACUACGGUGCCUUGCUAAAGCCUGAUCUCCCAGAAGGCGAAUUCGCCCUUUUCCCGCAAUCCAACUUCACCGAGGGUGUGUACAUUGAUUACCGCGCCUUCGACAAAGAGGGCAUCGAACCUCAGUUUGAAUUUGGAUUCGGCUUGUCAUACACUACCUUCGACUAUUCCGGUCUUCAGAUUAACAAGAAGGGCGCCGCACCCCCAGCAACCCCACCUGCUGCCAAGGUGCAGCCCGGUGGAAAUCCUCACCUGUGGGAUGAGAUUGUCAGCGUCUCGGCAACUGUCAAAAACAGCGGCGAGGUUGAGGGUGAUGAGGUUGCUCAGCUAUACGUUGGUAUUCCCAAUGGUCCUAUUCGUCAGUUACGCGGAUUUGAGAAGGUCAAGAUUGGGAAGGGUCAGGCUAAGAAGGUGGCUUUCUCGUUGACACGGAAGGAUCUGAGUACCUGGAGCGUUGAAGAGCAAGAAUGGGUGCUGCAACGGGGAGACUACCAGAUCUUUGUUGGAAAGUCCAGUCGCGACUUGCCCCUUCAUGGUAGCUUCUCGCUCUGA